AUGUGCAAACUCAACUUCUGGUUGCUCUUCCUAGCAAUGACUUGCGGAAUGGGAUCAGGUCUGGCCACGGUGAACAAUAUCAGCCAGAUCGGCGGCUCACUUGGCUACACGACCAAGGAGACCAGCACACUUGUGUCACUCUGGAGCAUAUGGAACUUUUCAGGGCGGUUCGGUGCAGGCUUCAUAUCUGACCAUUUCCUUCGCCAGCGAGGAAUUGGGAGGCCAUUCUUUAUAGGUGUUACGCUGCUGAUCAUGAGCGCCGGUCAUGCGAUCAUCUCCUCCGGUCUCCCUGCAUCACUCUACUUUGGGUCGGUGCUGAUCGGCAUGUGCUAUGGGUGUCAGUGGGCCCUGAUGCCGAGCAUAACAUCUGAGAUCUUUGGGCUGAACCAUUUUGGCACAAUAUUCAACAUGGUGGCUGUUGCGAGCCCUGUUGGGUCUUACAUCCUCUCGGUGCGCAUUGUGGGCUACAUAUAUGACAUCGAAUCGCCACCAGAUGAGCACUCCUGUGUAGGUAAGCAAUGCUUUGCGCUCUCUUUCAUGAUCAUGGCCGGUGUCUGUAUGUUCGGGUCUGCUGUUGCGUUUGUGUUGUUUAUCAGAACAAGGAAGUUCUAUAUGCGUGUCAUAUACGCGAGGUUGCAGUCUUUUCUAGACUAG